UAUAAAAUUCUAUUUUACAUAUCUAAUUCUGCAUCGUUCAUCAAUUCUUAGAUUUCUUGGUUCUCAUCAACAAUGUUUUCUAUCAGCAAAGAGUAAGGCGAUUGGUGGGGUUAAAUCUCGAAGAUUGGUUGCGUGUUGUAGUCGAGGGGAUGCGUCGCGAAGGGUGCUUUCAUAGGUAUAUAUACUCUCGUCGGCCGCGCAGCGGCCGAUCUAAACUACUGAAACGUUCAACGACACAUCUAGAAAAUACACUAGAGUGUCGCGAGGGUGAAAAAAGAAUAAGGUGUCAGUGAAUUGACUUACAAUUAGAUUUCCUUUACAUGUGAUAUUCGUUUUGAAUCCUGCUCGAUUUGAUCGAUUAUACGAAUCGCUACGAAGAUUCUUUAGUAAUCGGACAUUCUUAAGGAACAAUGCGUUUCUUAACAUUCCUCGUUGAAUUCUUCGACUGACAAAGCUGACGGUACGCAUCAAUUUUGCACGUUAGUUGUCGAGGAACACCAUCACGUUUUUCUUACAAAUCAACCGUGUCGAAACGAACCCGCAAGGAAGUCUGCGGUAUGUUUGAUCAUCAUCAGUUUUUACAACUUUCGGAAACACGUCACGCGUUAAAAAACAUUCGAUCAUACUCCUUUGAUGUGCGUCACGCGAGGCAAAAAAUUUCUCAGUGGUGAGAAAAGAGGAAAAUGAUUUGUCGUAAAUUAAUAAUCGCACAUGUAAAUUUCGAAACCAUGUCAUUCUUUUACAAAACGUUCAUCUUUCUACAAAAUGUUUCUACAAGCUUCGCCGUAUCAUUGCAGCAAUCGAGACUACUACUUUAAAUUGUUCGAAAUGCGGACACGAAUGAAUCUGGACCGUUUCUUAUGUUGCUUGCUCAUUGUCACCGUUAUCGAAAUGACGAUUGCCUGUGCUGAACUGGAACCGGCUAGAUUGGCCAGAUCGGACGAGACUAUUGAUUCAGACAUCUCGCUACAGAAAUUUGUUGAUUGCCUUAGAAAUCGUUAUAUAUACACAAAACCGAGGCAUGGCAAACGAAGUGAUGCUAUGCCAAUGAUGGAGCUGAACGCCACCUGGGAGACCUUAAAGAUGAUUCAGGAUGCGCAGCGGCAAAACGAACAGCGAAGGCAAGAGAACAUCAGGCAGAACAAAGAGCAAAUCCUGCUUCGCGACUUUCCGAGCUCGGACGCAGAUGAGUAUACCUCAUACGAUGCUACACGAUCCGGUUCUCUUCCGGACGUAAUCGACAAAUAUUAUAACGAUGUAUAAUAAAUAAUCUCCUUAUAUCGUCCUUUUCCUUCUCCUAAUAGUGAGAUUAAUUUCUUCUCGACACUGAAAUAAAUUACUAAAGUUUUCUCUCGUCCUAACGCAUUUACGAAUAAUCGUAGUGCUUGUUAUAUAAGUUUCGCUUUUUUCUCUGUGUUGAUAACUUUUUGAAUAUCUCAUCGAUCAAUAGAUAGAGAUGAGAGUAUGUUUGAAAAUGACAAAGAAGGCGCUAGGAUGAUAGAGAAGCAACUUUUUGUCCAGGUAAUGUUUAAAUUGUAAAUAAAUACCUGGGGCUCGAGUUAUAUCGAAUUAUAAAAAUUUUAAGAUAUAAAUCGAAGUAGCAUAUUUAUGAUUCUAUUUAAUCUUGUACAAAUAAAUUUAACUUGGGCAUUCUUUUAACGAUAAA